CUAUGUAAGAUCGCGCGCAGGUUACAGUGUGCGUAAGGCGGCCGCAUCGUAUUAGUAUUUAGUGAAAAUGUCGUCAAUAAAUAAACUGGUAGCUACUGUUGUAGUCGUAUUGUGUCUUACGGAUGGCGGCUUAUUCAAAAAGAUACCUGAUUACAUCCCGGUAUGUAAGAGGGAUCCCGCGACGGUGGACGCCUGCGUCAUCAAAUCUAUAGAAACACUGAGGCCGAAGUUGGCGGAAGGAAUUCCAGAGUUGAAUGUGCCGGCGCUCGAUCCUUUCUACAUACCUGAGAUUGCAGCUAUUAAUACCCAGAAUACCCAGGUGCGUGCUGUCGGUAAAGAUGUGAAGGUUAGCGGCGGUGGGAACUUUACCAUCAAAAGUCUACAGAUAAACUUGGACAAUUUAUCGUUCAAAGUCCGCGUCCGCUUCCCCAAACUUUUCUUUAAGGGUCAAUAUCUGUUGGACACGAAGAUUAUUCUACCUCUUAGUGGAAAAGGCGCACUUUCUGCCGAAGCUGUAAAGUGCGACGCCGAGUUCACAAUAAAGUCGGAGCUGUACGACAAGGAAGGCGUACAAUAUUUAAGGUUCGUCAGCAUAACCUCCGACAUUAACAUCAAGGAUUACUCCAUCAAACUCGAGGGGCUGUUCAACGGUGAUAAAGUUUUAGGUCAAGCUGCGAAUGAAGCUAUCAAUCAAAACCGAGGAGAGUUCUUGAAGAUGACAAAGCCUUCGCUCGAGAGUACUGUCAAUAAGUUGCUAUUAGACAUUUCUAACAAGGUGGUCGACGAUCUGCCUCUCGACGACCUUUUCCCUAAACAAUAAAUUUGUUUUUUAUAGACAACGGAUUAUAUCUUUGUUUUUCUGUAUUGCGCCAUGUCAUGCGAAGUUUUUUGAUUUUUUAAAAAUAGGGGAUUUAUUUAAUUUUUAUUCAAGCUGAUAGUAGUGAUAUUAACUUAUAAUAAUGCCGUAAGUUCAAAUACAAUUGUUUACUUCUUUAUACAAAAUGAAUAUUUUUGUUUUUAUAACUUUUUUAUUGCCUAUCGAAAAUAACUUUAACUUUAGUUCUUUCUUUAUGUUUUGUUCAUUUAGUUAUUUUUUUUUACCAUUAAAAUAAUUAUAAGUUGAUUUUAUAUGAGAUUGAAAAUAAUGGUUUCGGUAAAAUAUCCAGUACUGUAAACGAUUUUUAAUUGAAAAACCAAAGGAAAUAUCAACAUGUGGAUAUUACAAUAAAAUGUAAAUCAAUACCA